CAGAGUUUGACUCGUUCUGGUGGCAACGACGUCGUUAGGUCCUCCUAUCCGACCGAGCUACAGGUGCCGCCGCCCCCCGUCUUUCUCCGACGACAAAAAAUGGGGACGAUGUCGCCGCUCCCGCUCUGCAUCUCUUGCUUAUGGAGUCCCUCCCUACCCUCGUCGCGAACCCACCUCCUCUGUCGUCCCCUUCUCUCGCCACCCGCGUCUCCUUCUCGCGGGGAAGCAGCGACGGGAAGCUAUCGACGCGGAGCCGCGGUGUCCGCCGGCGGUUCGAACGAGCGAAACGAGUCGAUGUUCAUGGACGAGAACGGCGUCGUCGACGACAUGGAUGGGUACUUGAACUAUCUCUCCCCCGAAUACGAGUCCGUCUGGGACACCAAGCCUUCCUGGUGUCAGCCUUGGACAAUAAUAUUGACAGGAACAUUAGCGAUUGCCGGUAGCUGGCUAAUUUUGCAUUCAAUGUUGGUAACGGCAAUUAUAUCUUUGCUGAUAUGCUCAUGGUGGUACAUCUUCCUUUACUCUUACCCUAAGGCAUACACAGACAUGAUUGCCGAGAGAAGAAAGAGGGUGAGAAGUGGCGUCGAAGAUAUAUUUGGUUCGACAAAGGCUGACGGUAUAGACCAAUCCUCCAACUGAUCAUUAGCUGAAGCCGGAAGAGAGGAGCAGAGAAAGGAUGAAGGGUGAGUCCCGGUAUAUCGUGGAGUGAUGAGGAUUUUUUGAAUGUCGAAAGCAUCUCAUGGAAUGAAGAUCUGUAUUUAACGUCAGCGGAAAAUGUUCUUUUCUUCGUUUUUGCAUAGAUGUUAAA